AUGGAACGAUCGAAAGCCCCCAUCAUGAUGGCCUGCUGCACCUGCACCUGCACUGGCACCGCGCUGCAGGUCCACGAUGCGAUACAGACCACCAACGACCAAACCAACACUCCAAACUUCCAGCUCGGCCAGCCUAUCGCCAGCGACACAUUGUCUUUCACUCGUACUCCCGAAGCUUUUUACAUCGACAACAUCAUCGUGCUCAAGCACAAGUCUCGUCGUUCCACCAACAAUCGAGAGGACUCUCCCACCACCGCCACGUUGACUACCCACGCGAAGCGAGUUCGAUUUGCUCCCGAGGUUGUCCAACCCUCACCACCAACACCGCGCACGCCGCGCACUCAUACGUUCCAAGAAGACACCAUGUGCACCACCGACGUCUACACUGACGUCUACCCAGACGGCCGCAGAAGCGAGUACCAGACACCAACUCUCUGCUCACACUCUCGCAACGGUCGUCUAUGCGCCAACCCCACCGUCUACAACCACACGCCUCGCUCCGUCGGCUACCCUACACAGAUGGCCUCCUCAUACCAGUACCCGCAGCACCUGCCUCCCUCGCCGCCCCUGUCCUCGCCCCGCGGACACUCUGCUGAGUCCCCCCGCCCUCGCACUGGCUCUUCGUCGAGCGACAGGAACCGGCGGCCAUCGGGUGUCUAUGUCAACGGCCAGAGAGUUGUCGACCUGAACCGCAAGCAUCGCCCCCGCGCCGAGCGCAUUGUCAUCGUCGACUCUCCUCCCACUCCCCGCACACCACCCAAGCAGUUCACCAUGCCUUACACCGCACCUCCCUCACCCAAUGCCGGAGGCAAUGUCCCUCACUUCGGAUACAGCCACGUCCCUCGCAACACUCUCCGCCCGGUAAUCGUCGAUGAGCGCCCGCGCCCACCCAAGGUUGAGAUCGAAGUCAUCGACGGAGGCCACCGCCGUCGCCACUCUUCCGACUCCCGACACAGCGCCGACGACGAGGAGCGCAAACGCCGGCGCCACGAGAAGGAACGCAAGGAACGCAAGGAACGCGAAGAGCGAGAGCGGGCUGAGGAGGACCAGCGCCGCCAACGGGUUCGUUCGCGCAUUGAGGCCCAGAACGAGCGCAUCGCGCGCCGCCCCGCCGUUCCGGUGCCUCCUGCCCCGGUCCGUCGCUCUUCUACCGGCUACGCUAACGUUCCUCUGUCUGCUGACGAGGACCUCGUUGACGCGGUCCGCCGGAUGGAGAUCAAUGAGCGACUCGCAGCUGAGCGCCGGGCUCGGGAGCUGCGAGAACGCGAGGAGGAGGAUGAGGCCCAGCGCCGCCGCCUGAUGGAGCGCAUGAUGCCGAGCCGGAGGGCAACAGUGGGCCCCGGUAGCAGACGGCACCGGGUCUCCUACGACGAUGGUGUUUACCGAUGGGAGUAA